GGGAGCCGCAGCCCAGGCCUGCCACAAUCGGACAUCAUUGCCCAGGGGAGAGUCAAGAAACCCACCCUCCAGGCCUCGGCGUGGGAGCCACAGAAGAGCGCUGCCGAGGGACUGGGCCUCCGAAGGCGAGGAAGAGGCGCGCUCCGGCCGCGGGGAGCUCUCGCCGGUCCGUGGCGGCAGCAGGAUGGCCCGGAGAGCUCGGCCGCCGUUCGUCUUCCCCAAGUAGCCCGGUGUGCAGCGCAGUGCUCGGAUCCCAGCCACCUCCUCCAGAUGCGGGUUCCUGGGGGCCACCAGCCUCUGCGAUGGCCAUGCGGCGUCCCUCGCCCGGGAGCCCGGAGGCAGCCUCGGACGGGCCAGCACCCCGCAGCUCCACCCCGCACCGUGCCGGCUGAGGCCCGGGUGCCCCAAUGGAGAUGAGCAGCGCCUUCCCGCAGGGAGUCCGAGUCAGCGCUGCUGUUGGACUAUGUCAUCGCACCGACCGGCUCAGGAGAGCAGCGACGUGGGGGGGCCUGCCCUGAAGGGGGGUGACUUCUACUCUCCGGGCUUCUGGGCGCAGAAUGGCUGCGGCACCCAGUCCGAGGGCGCCACUGCCUCGCGGCCGGCCACGACCCCGGCCGUGCCAAAAAUGGGUGUGCGGGCCCGGAUUGCCGACUGGCCCCCCAAGAGAGAAGGGCUGAAGGACCCCACUGCCCCCAGCACCAGCAGGGACCUGGAGACCCCCGCCUCCCUGCCACAGGGCUUCCAGAAUGGGCAGCUCCCGAGUGGGGCGGCCCUCCCCGGGCACAGGGGCUCCCAGCGGCUGCCCCGGGGCAGGUCCACGGACGCCGAGUUCCAGGGCGGCUGGCCGCGCUCCCCGGGCAGGGGGUUCCCGCUGCUGCGGAACAGAAGCAGCAGUGAGACCACCCUCGGGGAAGGGGACUGGGACGAGGUGCCCGAGCCCCGGGGGAGCAGGCUGGCGGGGGGCCUGCCCCUCUUCCGCGAGUACGGCAGCACCUCCUCCAUCGACGUCCAGGGCAUCUCCGAGCAGAGCUUCUGCGACAUGCUGAACGAGUUCCGCAGCGGGAAGCCGGUGGCACUGCCUCCGCCGCAGGACUCCUUCCGGGCCUCCCGGGCCCCCAAGGCUGAGGGCAGGGGCGAGCUCGGGGCGCCCCUCCUGGGGGAGGACCUCCCCUUCCCGCACAAGGAGAAGUCCCGCAAGAAGGGCCCCCGCGUCGAGGCGGGCGGCGGGGAGUCCAUCUUCAGGAAGCUGCGGAGCGGCAGGGGCGACCACGACACGGGCAGGGCCCCGGCGGAGGCCGAGGACGGGGCACGGGCCUGGGUCUGCCAGAAGAGCUUUGCCCACUACGACGUCCAGAGCAUGCUCUUCGACCUGAACGAGGCGGCCGCCCGGCGCGUGUCUAUGGCGCAGCGGAGGAACACCACCACCGGGGCCUCCGCGGCCUCUGCGGCCAUCUCGUCCCGGGCCUGCGGCCUGGGGGGGCUGGAGGCCCCCGCCUCCUUCAUGGGCACGGAGGACCCCAACCACAAGGAGGACCUGGAGCACGAUCCCGGGGACAACAACAGCAACGCCCUGCUGCUCAGCUGCCCGCACUUCCGCAACGAGAUCGGCGGCGAGCCGGAGCACCACGUCAGCUUCCUGCAGGCCUCCGCGGGCUCCCCGGGGGUGGGCAGCUGUGGGGAGGGGGGUGUCGCCGGGGCCCCCCCCGCCCCCCGUUGCACCAACGCCAGCAUCUCCGUGCUGGAGGUCCCCAGGGAGCUGCAGCGCAACGUCGCCCGGCUGAAGCAGUACAGCAUCGAGCAUGUGGACCUGGGCGCCCGCUACUACCAGGACUACUUCUGCGGCAAAGAGCAUUCCAACUACUUUGGGGUGGACGAGAAACUGGGUCCGGUGGCUGUCAGCAUCAGGCGUGAGAAACUGGAGGACCACCGGGAGCACGGGCCUCAGUACCAGUACAGGAUUAUCUUCCGCACCAGCGAGCUGACGACGCUCCGGGGGGCCAUCUUGGAGGACGCCACCCCCACGGCCACGAAGCAUGGCACGGUCCGGGGGCUCCCGUUCAAGGACGCGCUGGAGUACGUGGUCCCCGAGCUGAACAGCCCCUGCCUGCGCCUGGCCCUGAGCGUCCCCAAAGUGACUGAGCAGCUGCGCAAGCUGGAUGAGCAGGGGCUCUGCUCGAAGCACAAGGUGGGCGUCCUGUACUGCAAGGCCGGGCAGAGCUCCGAGGAGGAGAUGUACAACAACGAGGAGGCCGGGCCCGCCCUGGAGGAGUUCCUGGCGCUGCUGGGCGAGAAGGUGCGCCUGCGCGGGUUCAGCAAGUACUCCGCCCAGCUCGACACCAAAACCGACUCCACCGGGACGCACUCGCUGUACACCACGUGCCAGGGCUACGAGAUCAUGUUCCACGUGGCGACGAUGCUCCCCUACACCCCCAACAACAGGCAGCAGCUGCUCCGGAAGAGGCACAUCGGGAACGACAUCGUCACCAUCAUCUUCCAGGAGCCGGGCGCCCUGCCCUUCACCCCCCAGAACAUCCGCUCGCACUUCCAGCACGUCUUCAUCAUCGUCCGGGCCCAGAAUCCGUGCACGGAGAACGUCUGCUACAGUGUGGCAGUGACCCGCUCCAAGGAUGUCCCGCCGUUUGGGCCGGCGAUCCCGAGCAGAGCCGUUUUCCGCAAAUCAGACGCUUUCCGAGACUUCCUGCUGGCCAAGGUGAUCAACGCCGAGAACGCCGCGCACAAAUCGGAGAAGUUCCACACCAUGGCCACCCGCACGCGGCAGGAGUACCUGAGGGACCUGGCGGAGAACUGUGUCACCAGCACCCCCAUCGACUCCACGGGCAAGUUCAACCUGAUCUCGCUGGCUUCCAAGAAGAAGGAGAAGACGAAGGCCCGGACCGGGGCCGAGCAGCACAGCGCCGGGGCCGUGGCGUGGCGCACCCUGGCCCAGGACUACUCGCGGGGGGCGGAGCUCGCCUGCAUCCUGGCCAUCUCCAACGAGUUCGUGCUGCUGCUGGACGUGGCCGCCAAGGAGGUGGUCUUCAACUGCUUCUGCGCGGACGUGAUCGGCUGGACGCCGGACGCCCACAGCAUCAAGAUCUUCCACGGCCGGGGGGACCACAUCUUCGUCCGGGCUCUGGAGGACAACCCCGAGGACAUCAGGGAGAUCGUGCAGCGGCUGAAGGUCAUGACCUCGGGGUGCGAGACGGUCGAGAUGACGCUCCGCAGGAACGGGCUGGGGCAGCUGGGCUUCCACGUGAAGUUCGACGGGACGGUGGCGGAGGUGGAAGACUACGGCUUUGCGUGGCAGGCGGGCCUCCGGCAGGGCAGCCGGCUGGUGGAGAUCUGCAAGGUGGCCGUGGUCACGCUCAGCCACGACCAGAUGAUCGACUGGCUGCGCACCUCCGUGACCGUGAAGGUGGUGGUCGUGCCCCCUCACGAGGACGGCCUUCCGCGCAGGGGCUGGACCGAGUCCUUCAGAAUGAGCACCGCGGAGCCCAAGAUGGAGCCCGAGAGCCUGCCGGUGGGCUACCGGCCUCCGUACCGCAGCGGCUCCCUCUGGCAGUGGGGCGGCGCUCCCCCCCACGGCUCCUCCCACGCCCCCAAGUGGGCGGAGCAGCCGGGCGCGGGGCAGGGCCAGUCGCAGUCCCUCACCCGGGCCCCGAGGCAGGGCGCCCCCUCCGCCUCCUACCGCGAGUCGCAGCUGCCGCAGGGCAAGAGGCCAGUGAGCUUCCCGGAGACCCCCCACGCCGCCUCGGCCUCCCAAACUGGCGCGGAGAGGAUCCCUUCCUACCGGCAGCCCUCGGGCAGCUUCUCCACGCCGGGCUCCUCAGGAGCAGCCUACGCCCCCCGGUACAAGUCGUCUUCGGAAAGGUGCGCAGCCCCCCUGCGGCACCUGGUGCCCUUCAGCCCGCCCUGCGCCCCCGAGGCGGCCUCCAACGGGGACUCCUCCUCCGGGGGGCUGGCCAGCCAGGGGAGCACCAUGGAGCGGUCCAAGGCCGAGCCCCUCUGGCACGUGCCGGCACAGGGCAGACUCUCCGCGAAUUCGGGGGGCAAGCGGCCGAACAGGCACGAGCCGGCAGGCAAGGACUCCCCCGGCCGCCCCUCCAAGGGGGAAGGCCAGUAUUCCAGCAGCAAUACCCUCUCCAGCACCGCCUCCAGCGGCCACAGCGACGAGCGCUGGUUCGACGCAGCCGAGCCCGCCGAGCCCGACCCAGACCCCCUGGCCAAGGGUGGCUCCAGCGACAGCGGCAUCGACGCCUCCGGCGCCCAGUCCGCCUGGCGGGACCGGCUGCCCAGGGCCUCUCCCCCCUUCGGCGCCGGCAAGAGGAGGGACGCCCUGCCCGCUGCCGGCUCCAGCGGGCAGGGCUGGAUCUACCGCCCCGUGGCCUUUGGCUUGGGGGGCGGCGUGUCCCCGAGAGCCACCGGCGGCGGCGGCAGCCACUUCAAGCAAUCCAGCCACGGCAACUCCAGGGCCACCUGCCCAGCCCACGUCUACAAGACGCCCCCAGCAGACGCGCCCCGAGGCCUGCACAUGCCCCAGUCCGGCUCCUUCCCACUCUCGGCUUCUGUGCCCAAGUCCUUCUUCUCCAAGCAGAGCCGGAACAAGCACUUGCCGGCCGGCUGGAGGAAGAGCGAGGACCGCCCCUCCCGCCCCGCCACCUUCACGGACCCAAAGAAGCAAGUGGACCUGAGCACCAAGAACGUCUUCGGGCAGCCGCGGCUGCGGGCGUCUCUGCGUGACCUCCGCUCCCCACGCAAGACCUACAAGUCCACCAUCGAGGACGACCUGAAGAAGCUGAUCAUCAUGGAGCCCGACCGGGAGCUGUCGCCACAGAAGACGCUCCAGCGGACACUCUCGGACGAGAGCCUGUGCAGCGCCCGGCGCGCCCCCGCCUACGCCAGCACCCGCUGCCCGGAGCAGCCCCUGCCCGGCGAUGUCCUCUUCACCAGCACCCUCCCCGUGCGGAAGCAGAACCCGCCCUCCAGCAGCGGCAGCCUCUCGGAGAAGAGCUCCGCCAUCUCGGCCUCGGAGCUCUCCCUGAGUGACGCGCGGGACAAGCCCCUCCGGCGCAUCGACCCCGGCCUCAUGCCGCUGCCCGACGCCGCCGCCGGCCUGGAGUGGUCCAGCCUGGUCAGUGCAGCCAAGGCCUAUGAAGUGCAACGGGCGGUCUCGCUCUUCUCCCUCAACGAUGCCGUGCUGAGCCCCGAUGCGCCGCCUGCGCACAGCCCCGUCCUCGGGCACCUGAGCCUGGAGAGGCCACCAGCGCCCCGCACGACGCCCACCAUGAGCGAGGAGCCGCCCGGGGACCUGACCGGCAAGGUCUACCAGCUGGAGGCCAUGCUCAAGCAGCUUCACAGCGACUUGCAGAAGGAGAAGGAGGACAAGGUGGUGCUGCAGGCCGAGGUGGCCAGCUUGCGGCAGAACAACCAGCGGCUGCAGGAGGAGUCGCAGGCGGCCAAUGAGCGGCUGCGCGAGUUCGCGGAGAUCUUCUCCAGCGCCGUGGAGAAGAAGGAGCUGUGAGCGCCGGCGGGCAGGGCGGGCCGGGGCUGCGGCGCCUGCGAAUGGCCCCGGCGGGGCGGGCUCACACCCGGGCCCCUCUGCUCCGCCAGAAGUGCACCCUGCUCCGCCUGGCGCGCCGCUUGGAGCGGCUCGGCCCCCCGUGCUCCUGCUCCGCUUCCGCAGCUCAUGCCCCCAAUCUCUGUGCCACCCUGGCGGGCGGGGGGAGGACGCCCUCCCGCCCGCCAGUCGGAAGCCGGAUGCGGUGCUCGGGGCACACGGCCCAUGCCCACUCCCCGCGGCCCGGGCAUCCGUGCAGGAGGCGGCAUGCGCCCGGAAGAGCACUUUCUCAGAACUAAAUUAUUUUCUGGAGAAUGCAAGGUGGGGAGUGGCUCAGGAAGUUAAAACAAAACUUUAAAUGUAUAUGUUCUUUAUAAAACACUAUAUUUGUAUAAAUGGUACUGUUUGUAAUUUUUUUUCUAUGAGAUUUCUGUGCAUGCAUCCAGAGUUAAGCACACCAGGUUUUGUUCUGAGCUGCAGCGAUUCGGACCAAGGCAGGGAGAGCUCAGGGCCGGGGAAGAGGAUGCCCCGGCUCGCCCAGGGGGCCCCCCCUAGCUGGCACCCGUGGCCCUUGGGGGCAGAGGAGGCCCGCGCC